AAAAUAUUACGUUCUGAGCAAAAAAUAUUUCUUGUGGGUGAAUGUGAAAGUGUGAUUUUGGGGGCCAAGUUGCCAUCAAUGAAACAGGUGCUCCAAUUAUUGUUUUACAAAAUGAGGCACGAAAACUUGACUUUCGAAAGUAGUAUGAAAUACACUAUUGGUGCCACGAUUGAAUUUUGGGAAAAAGCUAAAAUUCCCACGGCGCAAGAAAAAAAUUGUAUUAAAAAACUUAAACAUCUUUACGAGGAAUGGAGAAAUUUACAAAAACAUUCCAGGACUCCUAACGAGAAGUGUCGUAAAAAUGAAGCAGAGUUUAAGGAUAAAAUUGAAAACUUCAUAUUUGACAUUGCAGCCAUGGAUGCCCUAGGUAUAAUGAAAAUGCACGAAGAUAAAGACUUUCUUUUGCUCCAAAGAAAUAGAGGACGUCCAGGUAGUAUGUAUAGUACGGUGCCGAUACUGUACUCACAAGAAAAGAAAAACGCAAAGAGCAACGAAUGGAAGAAGAAAGAAAGCGCGUUGAAAAGCAUUUAGUUCAUAGUAAGUUUAUUAAAGUUAAGCUUUACUGGUUCUUUUUUUUAAUAUUUGAUCCCAUUUGAAGCUAAUUAUGCUCUUGAAGUCUCUGAUACCGAGGACGCUGAAAAGGAUAUUUCAGCUGGCGAAGAAAAUGCAGCAAAAGAUAUGAAUGAAGGCGAAUAUACAGACGGAAGUAACAUUAAUUUACUACCGAAAAAGGCAAAUCGAGGAAAAAUUAAUUUUAUUGAUGAUAGAAUGCUUGCAUGCAUGGACCAAUGUAACUCUCAACAAGAGAUACCAUGCAUUUGGUGAGUGCAACGGUUGCUGCCUUCAGAAAUACCAUGCAAAGUGUUAAUGGAACGCCGUCAAUAAAAAUGGAAGAUUUAAUUCUUAAUCGAACAACAUUACAUUCGAUGAGGAGAGAUUAUCGUCGCAUACAAGCUCAAGAGAUUAUUAAUGGAUUCAAUAUUCCUGACGUUUUUGUCCUUCACUGGGAUGGCAAGCUGCUUGCAGAAAUCCGAGGCACAGAAAAGAAAGAUCGAUUGUCUCUCGUUGUCACAGGAGGAAAUAUGGAAAAACUGCUGGGGAUACCAAAAAUUGAAAGUUCAACGGGAGAUGCAAUAGCUGCAAUAAUACAUAAUUUUUUGUGCAAGUGGAAGCUCGAUGAUUUAGUGGAAAUUGUAUCAUUUGAUACAACAGCUGCUAACACGGGAGUUAAUAAUGGAGCAGCGUUCUUGCUUGAAAAAAGGUUGGGCCGAAAUCUACUUUUCUUUCCCUGUCGUCACCAUGUUAGUGAGUUGCUAGUCAAAGCAGUGUUCGAACUAAAUUUUGGCAAAUCAUCAGCACAGGAAGUUCCCUUAUUCAAUCGUUUCUUUAACAGCUGGAAAAACAUUAAUUCUAAGUCAUUCUAAAGUGGAAUAUCGGAAAAUGGAGUUCGGAAAGUCUUUACAAUAGCUGAAGUGGAAAUUUUUAAGAAUUUUUGUCUAACUGCAUUAAAUAGUCACCACACUCGUGCCGAUUAUAAAGAAUUACUACAACUCGUUGCUCUUUGUUGGGGAAGACGUACCAAAUUUUUCACAAGUACGGUCACCUGGUGCAACAUCACACGCAAGGUUUAUGUCGAAGUGCCUAUAUUGCUACAAAAUGUUUCUGUUUCGCGAGCAAUUCGUGUUAACGACUUCAGAAAUAAAGAGUCUAAGAAGCGUUUGUAUUUUUUUAACCUGCAUCUACGUUCCAUAUUGGUUUCGUUGUGUGGAUCCAAUAGCUGCUCCACAAAAUGACCUUAAGCUCAUUCAAGAUGUGAUUGUAUAUUUCGAUAAGAAUGUAUCCAAUGCCUUGUUACAUAAAAUUAAAAAUCAUUUAUGGUAUUUGUCGGAAGAGGCGGUUGGCCUUUCAUUUUUUGUUGAUCAAA